UAUAAACAUUUUUCAUCAAGCCGUAUUAGUGCACGCGUCUGAGGAAUACACGUGAAGGAGUAAGACGUUGACUCAAAACUCGAAUUCCCUCCUUUAGGUUUGAUGUCAUUUGGGUUUUAGGGAGUCGGACGCCGACACGAUGUUGUAUCUCAUCGGCUUGGGGCUCGGAGACGCCGCCGACAUCACAGUUAAAGGACUGCAGGCGGUGAGGAGCUGCUCCCGGGUUUACUUGGAGGCCUACACCUCCAUCCUGACUGUGGGGAAGGAGGCUCUGGAGGAGUACUAUGGGAAGGAGCUGGUCCUGGCAGACAGGGACUUGGUGGAACAGGGAGCUGAUGAAAUCCUGAAGGACGCAGAUGUGACUGACGUGGCCUUUUUGGUGGUUGGCGACCCGUUUGGAGCCACCACCCACAGUGACCUCGUCCUGAGAGCAGUGAAUGCUGGGAUACCGUACAAAGUCAUCCACAACGCUUCCAUCAUGAAUGCCGUGGGCUGCUGCGGCCUGCAGUUGUAUAACUUCGGCGAGACGGUGUCUGUGGUGUUCUGGACGGAAACGUGGAAACCCGAGAGCUUCUACGAUAAAAUCAGUAAAAACCGAGCGGCUGGACUGCACACGCUCUGUCUGCUGGAUAUCAAAGUCAAAGAGCAGAGCAUCGAGAACAUGAUGAGAGGGAGGAAGAUUUACGAACCUCCUCGCUUCAUGACCGUCAGCCAGGCUGCAGAUCAGCUGAUGCAGAUCAUCCACAGGAGGAGGGAGGAGGGGGAGGAGUUAGGUAUGACGGAGGACACAGUGUGUGUGGGCGUGGCCCGGCUUGGCUCAGACGACCAGAAAAUCUGUACAGGAAGUCUACGCCAGCUCGUGUCAUGCGAUUUAGGCGGGCCGCUCCAUUCGCUGGUCGUCACCGGUCGACUCCACCCGCUGGAAGUGGACAUGCUGCGGGUGAACGCAGAACCGGACGCUCUGGAACACCUGCAGAUGAUUGACAGCUCCACAUAUACAUCCUGACACCUGUUUGUCUGAAGGACUUUGUGAAAACCUGACUCUAAUCAGCUCUGUUCACACAGAAAUGACAACCUUUUUUUCCAUGAAAUAAAAUCCAUCCAUUUUUGGAACCCACUGAAUCCCUUUUGGGGUCACUGAGCCAACCCGAAUACUGUUGGGAUAGGCUCCAGCAACCCCGCGCACCCUGGACGGGCCAUGAAAAAGUGUUUUGACCAUUUUAAAUACCUCGGUUGUUUUAAAUUUCUUUAAUUUGCAUUCUUCUUGUAUUGACAUUUUUAAAUGGUUGAAAUGCCGAA